AGGAGCGGAUGGAUGCCAGUCUCAGAUCAGCCACCAGCUCCACCACCAGGAGCAGCCCUCCUCCUCCUGCUCCUCCUCCUCCUCUGAUGGAGAGGAGGGCCUUGCUCUAACCAACAUGGCGGACAACAAAGCGCAGGAGCGGGGGUAGCUUCUCUCCGCCAUGGAUCCGCUUCACCAGCCGCAGCGAGCCUCCAGCAGCGGCUCCUCCGGCCCCUACAGCCUCCUCCCCGGCCCCCGGCCCGGCCCCGGCGGCCCCGGCCCCGGGGGCAUGCUGGGCCCGGCCCGCCCGCCGGGGACCAGCCUGCUGGGCCCGGCCAGCAGCAGCAGCAAGCCGGCUGGAGGAGCAGCCGGCGGCGGGGCAGGCUACCAGCGGUUCCCCGGGAACCAGCACCAGCAGCUGGGGCAGCACCCCUCCGGAGCCACGCCGACCCUCAACCAGCUGCUGACGGCCCCCAGCCCGAUGAUGCGGGGCUACGGAGCCGGAUACCAGGAUUAUAACAACCAGCAGCCGAGCAUGCUACAUGCUAAAGACCCGGGCUCCCAGUACGGCUGGGGGGGGCAGCAGAGACUCCACCCGGCCAUGAGCCCCGGCUCCCCCGGGGGGCAGGGCGGCAGAGCUCAGGUGGCGCCGAUGGACCCGAUGGCGGUGAAGCGCUCUCAGCUCUACGCCAUGAGCAGCAACCCGUACUCCCAGCAGCAGGGGGCGCCCUACCCCGGCCCCGCCUACCCCGGCCCCCCCUCCGCCCACAGAUACCCCAUGGGGAUGGGCAGCAGGGCCCAGAUGGGGAUGGGGGGGAUGCAGUACCCUCAGCAGCAGAUGGGUUCUCAGUACAGUCAGCAGCAGCAGCAGCAGAACGUGGGUGGUUACUGUCAGCCGGGUCAACCGCCGUACUUCAGCCCGCCGCAGCAGCAGCCCGCCGCCCCGAGCCAGCCGCCGUACAUGCAGCCACGCCCACUGCCACAACAGGAGGUGCCUCAGGAGGCGUACGGGGGGCGGGGCCAGUCUGCUGCUAUGACUCCUGGGAAACCGAACCACGAGGAGAUGAGUCUGAGUCAACAGGAGAGGCCGUCCAGCCUGCCGCUCUAUGGAAUCAGCACAAUCAUGGCUAAAAGUGGGAACAACUCAUUGAUGUCUUUGUGCAGAAUAACAGAUUUAUCCGGCUCCAUCGACGACCUGCCCACCGGCACCGAGGCCGCGGUGAGUUCAGGGGCGUCAGGCUCCGGCAGCGCUCAGGGCGACCAGGGGACCCCGGCCCGUUCUCCCUUCUCCCCCCACGUCUCACCUCGACUCCCCCCGCCGGCUCGCUCCGGGCCCUCCCCGUCCCCCUCGCUGUCCCCCGCCGGGUCCAGCAGCCAGUCCCGGUCCGGACCCAUGUCCCCCGCCGCCAGCGGGCCAGGCUCUCAGCUGACCCUCCAGGGCUCUGGUCCUGGAUCUGAUCUGGGUCCUCACCCCUCCCAGUCUGCCAUGAUUCAGGACCGAGGUUUCCCUCCCUCCAUGCAGCGUUCCUCGGGGCCUCAGUUUGGCCCCCAGCAGUCAGCGCCCCCCAUGUCCCCUCACCAGGCUCCAGGGGGGCCCAUGCACCACGGGUCCUACCAGCAGGGGCCCUCAUACGGGCAGUACGGCCCCCCAGGUAACUACCCUCGGCCCCCCCACUAUGGCGGGGCCCCCAGUGCCAACUACAGCGGCCCCGGCCCGGGCCCCGGGUUGGCCAACAGCCUGGGGUUGAACGCCAGCAGUCCCAUGCACGGCCAGGGCCCGUCCACUCCGGCGGGCCGCGGCCCCGGGCCCGGCGCCGGGGGCCGGCCCUACCCGGCCGGAGGGAGCACCAUGGCCCCCACCUCCCCCGGCAUGCCACAGCCCGCCGGGCAGGGCAUGGGGCCCCCGGGGCCCAACGCCAGCCGCAAACCGAUGGAGGUGGGCCCCAACGCCGGGCCAAGUGCCAACUCCUCGUCCUCCUCAACCGCCGUCCAGGGAAGGCCUCUGUUGGCUCGUUCCCCGGCCUUCCACAGCUCCUCCUGGCCCGGGGGCCGGCCCGCCCUCUCCCCCACCCCUCACCCCCACCACCCCCACCACCCUGGGGCCAACGCUCAGACCCCCGAGCAUUACGGGCAGAGCAGCUACCUGGGCAUGGCUCCGAUGGGAGGACUGGGCCCUGGAGGCCCUGGAGGAGGUCCUGGAGGAGGUCCCGGAGGAGGUCCUGGAGGUCCUUACAGCCAGCAGGCGUGCAGUAACUCUGGGAGGAUGACCCCUCAGGGCCCCCCCUACGGCGCCCCGUGCUCCGGCAACAUGAUGAUGUCAUCAGACGGGAUGGCGCCUCAGCAGGACGCCAAGCAGCGAGGCGAGCUCUGCAGAGACGCCACCGAGACGCCCAAACCAAAGUGUGUGUCCCAGCCCCUCACCCCGUCCCCCAUGUCCCCCGGCUCAGCUAGUCUGUCCUCCUGUUUCGGGGAGGAUGGUGACAGCAUGAGCAGCCCCGCCUGGUCCAAGACGUCCUCCAGCCCCAAGCCGAGCGUGGCGACCAUGACCAGCGAGAAGAUCUCCCGUCUGUACGACAUGGGGGCGGAGCCUGAGAGGAGGUGCUGGGUGGACCGCUACCUGUCCUUCAUGGAGGAGCGGGGGACGCCUGUCCCUCACCUCCCCACCGUCGGGAGGAAACCUCUGGACCUCUGCAGGCUGUACCACGCCGUCAGGGACAUCGGAGGCCUGGCCAUGGUGAAUAAGACUAAGAAGUGGCGUGAGUUGUCCUCCCAGCUGACUGUGGGGACGUCCAGCAGCUCUGCCAGUUCUCUGAAGAAACAGUACAUCCACUAUCUGUUCGCCUACGAGUGUCAGGUGGAGCGAGGAGAGGAGCCGCCACCGGAGGCCCCGGGGCCCGCCGCCGGGGACGCCAAGAGACCUCCCUCACUGCAGGCCAGGAUCCAGCCCCCCUCCCCAGCCAACUCGGGCUCCCUGCAGGGCCCCAACACCCCUCAGUCCUGCAGCAGCAGCUCCCUGACCGAGGCCCCCGCAGACCUGAAGCCCCCGACCCCGGCCCCCACCCCCCACGGCCAGAUGGGCCCCCAGCCUGGAAACAGGAGCCUUGGAGGUGUGAGCGUCCAGGACCCGUUCUCUGAAACCAGCGACCCAGCCUUCCACACCAAGCGGGGCCCGGGGCCCGGCGGGGGCCCCUACCAGCCGGGAGGGGCCCCGGCAGAGCCCGCCAUGAGGAUGCAGUACGACGCCAACAAGGACGCGUACGGAGCGCCGAGGAAAGGUCCGGGCCCCGGCGAGGCCUUCGGCCCCGGUCCGAUGCCCAGCGGAGCCAUGCAGGACGUGUUCCCCCGCGGGGCCCCCUCCGGGCCCCUGACGGGCCUGGGCCCCAGACCUCAGUACCCCUACGGCCCCGGCUUCGAGCGCAGGCCGGAGCAGGUGAUGGGACCGGACGGGGGUCAGAACAGCAACGAGUUCCCCAGCAACAGAUACCAGAGACACGACGGAUUCUCUCAGCAGUACCACAGCAUGAACUACACUUCCCAUCAGCCCCUGUUCCCUCAGCAGGGUUAUAAGCGUGGUCUGGAGGCGGUCUACCCGCCCGCCAAGCGCCACGAGGGCGAGGCGUUCGGCGUGCAGGCGUUCGGCUCGCAGCAGCCCGACGUGUUCGGCCCGUACGGCGCCGGAGGAGGAGGCGGCGGCGGCGGCUACAUGGGCCCCGAGCGGCGGCCAGUGCAGGGCCAGUACCCGUACCCGUACGCCCGGGACCGCCAGGGGACGCCGCAGCACGCCAUGAUGGGCUCUGAGGGGGUGUGGCCCCCCAGGACAGACGGGGGCUACCCGUACGGCCGGCAAGGCCAGGGGCCCCCCUACCCCGGCGGGGCCCGGGGAGAGGACCAGGAGGGCCGGGCCCCCCAGGACAGCCAGUGGCCCCCAGUCACCCGGGCCCCCCGCCAGCCCCCGUACCCCUCCCCCUCCAGACAGCCCCCCUCCUCCUUCCAGGCCACGCCCACCAUCGCCAACCACGUGACCCGCCCCCACAGCCCCUCCUCCUUCCCCCAGCGGCCCCUGGGGGCCCCUCUGUCCCCGACCAGCGGCCCCUACCCGCCCGCCAUCAAGAAGCCGGGGCCCCCGCCCACUCAGGGCCCCCCCCCUCUCCACAGAGAGGUCAGCUUCCCUACGGGCUCCGUGGAGGCCACGCCCCCCAGGCUGAAGGCGCGGCGCCGGCUCACCGCCAAGGACACGGGAACCCCGGAGGCGUGGCGGGUGAUGAUGUCACUGAAGUCCGGCCUGUUAGCAGAGAGCAGCUGGGCUCUGGACACCAUCAACAUCCUGCUGCACGACGACAAAACAGUGGGCUCCUUCAGCCUCACACAGCUGCCUGGUUUCCUGGAGCUCAUCGUGGAGUAUUACCGUCGAUGCCUCAUCCAGAUCUUCGGCAUCCUGGAGGAGUACGAGCUGGGAGCCGAGGGCCAGAGGAGCCUGAUGGAGGCGAAGGAGCAGGAGGAGGUGCUGAAGGAGCCAACAUCUGACGGCCAGUCGCCUGAGGAGCAGAGGAUACUGAGGAAGAUGGAGGAGCUGAAAGGUGGCGAAGCUGCAGUCAAAGAGGAGGUGAAGGAGGAGCACCAGGAGCAGGCUGAGCCCCGCCCCCAACAGGCCAGCAAGUACGACAAGCUGCCAAUCAGGGUGGAGGAGGAGGGGGAGGAGUGGGAGGAGGUGGAGGAGCGCUGGGCGGAGCUCGGCCGGCCCGACAGCUUCGUCAGAGGACUCCUGCACUGGGAGGCCGGAGGAGGAGACUCCACCUCCCACAUCCUGACGGGGGAAAGGAGGCCGGGAGGAGGAGGAGGCCAGGGGAGGAGGGAGGAGGAGACAGGAGGAGAGGGGAGGAGGGAGGAGAUGGAGGGACGAGGUGAUGGACAGGAGGAGGUGGAGGGAGGCGAGGAGAAGAACCAGGAGACGCCUGAAACACACCAAGGCUUCCUGUCGGAGGUCAGAGGUCGCGGCUCGCCGCUCAGCGCGCUGGAGGACGAGCCUCGCCGCUGGGACGAGGCGCCGCUGUCCACGGCCGAGUCGUGGCAGGACGCUCUGGCCCGCCGCUGCGUCUGCGUGUCCAACAUCGUGCGCAGCCUCUCCUUCGUCCCCGGCAACGACGGCGAGCUGUCGCAGCACCCGGGCCUGGUCCUGGUGCUGGGCCGCCUGGUGCUGCUGCACCACCGGCACCCGCGCCGCCACCGCACGCCGCCCAGCUACCAGCGGGAGGAGGAGCGGGGGCUGGCGUGCAGCCGUGACGAGUGGUGGUGGGACUGCCUGACGGCGCUCCGCGAGAACACGCUGGUGACGCUCGCCAACAUGGCGGGCCGGCUGGACCUGUCGCGGUACCCGGAGAGCAUCUGCCUGCCGCUGCUGGACGGGCUGCUGCACUGGAUGGUGUGCCCGUCCGCCGAGGCGCAGGACCCGUUCUGCUCGCCGGGCGCCGGCGCCUCCUCGCUGACGCCGCAGCGGCUGGUGCUGGAGUGUCUGUGCAAGCUGAGCGUGCAGGACGCCAACGUGGACCUGCUGCUCGCCACGCCGCCCUUCGCCCGCCAGCAGAAGCUCUUCGCCGCGUUGAUGCGUCUGGUGGGCGAGCGGCGGAGCCAGGUGUGCCGGGAGAUGGCGGUGGCGGCGCUGUCCAACCUGGCGCAGGGCGACCCGGCGGCGGCGCGCGGCAUCGCCCUGCAGAAGGGCAGCGUGGGAACUCUGAUCGGCUUCCUGGAGGACAGCGUGGCGGUGGCUCAGUACCAGCAGAGCUCGCACGCCGCCGCCGCCGCCACCACGCCGGAGCCGCCCAGCGUCAACAUGAUGUGCCACGCCGCCAAGGCGCUGCUGGCCAUGGCGAGGGUGCAGGAGAACCGGGCGGAGUUCGUGCUGUACGAGAGCCGGCUGCUGGACGUGUCGCUGGCGGCGGCGCUCGACCGCUCGGUGGCGGCGCUCAUGUGCGAGGUACUCUUCAGGCUCGGACGCUCGUGACACGGACACGCCACGGAGCGCGCUCAGUGUGACCGCGCGGCUCCCGAUUAUAUUUUUAUUUAAAGAACACAAAUGUUUUUACGUACAAAUGAAUAUAAAUAUAGAAUAUAUAUCGCUCCAUCUGCAAAAUGUUUAUUUGGGAUUUUUAAGUAAUUUUAAUACAGAAAUAUUUAAUACUUGUAUUUUUUAUUUUUUAUUCUUUCGUCAGUUUCGUUUUAACCAAAGUGUGACGGUGGAGACGCUCGGGGUCCUGUGGGCAUUUGUGUUUGUUUGUGGGCGGGGUCAGUGGGUUUU